AUGUACGUGAUAUUCCUCCUUUGCGUCUUUAUGAAUCUCUACGUACUCUUGAGCCGGGAGGACACCAUUUUCUACCUGCGUAUCUAUCAUUUGUUAGUGGGCCUGUUGAUGGCCUGCUGUUCGGUGGUGAUGAUCGAAUUUUUGUGGCGGACGAGGGGACUGCCGAAAUUGGAGGAACCACAUGAAAUACCCACACCUGCCCUUGUUGGCGCCAUCGCCCUGACUAUCGGGAUUGCCAUCGGAUAUCUCUAUUUUAUCGUCUUCAACUAUUCAUUUCAAGAAUGCGACAAACUAGUGGAUGCCAUCUACAACAGCGAGUUAUGGAUUGAGACCUGCUAUGAUCUAUUAAUGUCCGGAUUCUCGGUCCUUUCGCUCAUUUAUAUCGUUCAAAGGAGAUAUUAUGGCGCUAUCAAUACGAGCCUUGAUAAGGUUGGCCGCCUGUUCAUCAACAUCACCUUCUCAGUGGUGUGGAUGAAAGUAGUUAUCUACAAGGGAUAUUUGUCUCAUAAUGAAUUAUGUCAACGAAAAGAGUUGGAGGGAUAUUGGUGUCCGGUUAUGAAGAGGCACUAUGAAUGUAAUCCGGCUUAUGACUUGGGCGGGACGAAGAAGAUUUGGUAUUACCUGAACAAAGGUCUCCUGAAUACGGCCGUCAUUUCGUGUGCCUCGGAAUUCUUCCCGGUUCUACUCGUUUCCCAUUGGUUAUCAUGUGGAGGGGCGGAGGAAAAGGCUGAAGAUAUUAGGAAAAGGGCCGAGCGUCGAAUGGGUGUGAAAGGGCUGCUGAAGAAUUUCUUCUCGGAUAUUUCGCGAGUGUACGGUGAGACGACUACUGACGUCCAACCCCUCCAUCCACACUACCUUCUGAAAUGGUCAUUCUGGGUUCUGUCAUUUGUUGCAACCGUAACAGCAGCUGUCAAAUGGAUGACCUACUUUUACUAUACCAUUGAUUUUGAUGCGCUCGUUGCCAAACACUGGCUCGCCGCCGAUAUCGUCGGGCUGUUUGCCAAUUUCGUGAUGACGCUUCUCUUUUUCUUGCUGUACCUCUUCGCGCGUUCCGUAUCUGAUGAACGCCUUGAUGCGCAUCAUAAAGCCCAUGCCAGAGGGGAUAUCACGAUUCUUUUCGGAUCGUGCGUCGUUCUAUUUAUCAAACUUGUUCUACAAUCCGUUGAGCUCGAAUACCAGCGUGUCGACGGGUUCAUCAAGCAAGAGGAAGCCAUCAUACAAAUCGUGUCGUUGCUCCUCACUCAUACUUGCCAAUGGCUACAGUACUUUGCAAUCCGGCGUAUUCUCUCGAUGUCGGAUCGAGAUUUCGUGUCCACGAAGGCAUUUUUGCCCGUUGCUGGCGUGGCCGGCCUCGUAAUCGCGUGGGUUCAAUUCGGGUAUACGUUCUUCGACACAUCACUCAUCAAAUACCAGCUGACCGACGAGACAUUCAGAUUCUCGUCGACAACCCUUAUCUGCAUGAUAUUCACGCAGACAAUAUUCCCCGCCGACUAUCUAUUCCAUUUCACCGUUUCUGGCUGCUAUUUGGAGAUGCUGCAACGCUACCUGCAGAUGGGGUAUUUCCAGUUGGGGACUCCGCGACUGUCCGUCAGUUCGCAUGCACAUGGCGGUCACGGCCAUGGAGGACAUCAUGAUGUCCACCACGGUCAUGAUGAUCAUCAACAAAAUCAUGGAAAUGGAGGGUUGAAAGGGCCGCAGGCACCCAUGGCUUCGAUAUUUCGAGCAGCAGCUAUUAUGGAGAGGAAGAGGAAUGAGCAGGAGAACUCGGACUCGUCUUCCGAGUCCUCGGCCGCCACACGGUCAGAAAGCGAUUCACCGAGGUCGAGACGGAAGACAUAUUCUUAUACACUUUCUGUGAGCACCACGCACACAGAUCCGGAAUGCGAUGGUAACUGGCAUUUCUACGUGUUUGCCCUGAUUUCCGAAAACGGCGUCAAUAGCUUUCGGGAUGCCAUAGAGACAAUUGCAAUUCCUUGUCGAAACUACGAGGCCCAGAAUAAUCAAUCAGAAAAAGGCGAAAUUACCUUUCUACAACCAUAUAUGCCGGAUUACACGAUGAAAUUUGGGGAGACAGUACCCCUAGAUGUUGUCCAGAAAUUCGCCAGUUAUUGGCCCAGGAACAUGUCGAGCUCGGAUUUCUGGGAUCUCGGCUUUUCGCGAGUGAAUACGACUGAGGAUCGGCCGGUCACCCUGUAUUUCUAUACAGAUCUGGACUGCCAGACGCAGCUCGUGCCGUCAAUGCAAGAGCUCGAUCUGCGAUGGUUAAAGAGUAAUGUGACCGGAAAUGGGAUUCCCAUUCGAUUUCUCUGGAUUCACAAUGAAGCCCACCCGGAGGCAUGCGGAAUGGAGCUGAUGAAAACGGCCACAUCCGGCCUAUUCGAUUACGGCACUGUCACGGAUCCGUGCUAUCGACAGAACUACGGGAUGUGCCGGGUGGAAGGGGAUAAACCAUGUCUUACUGCGACGUCAUCAUCUCCGCUCGAGGCGUCGACGCGGAGGAGUUCAGCAAAUGGGGCAUGGGGAUACCUCGGCGGUGCAUUCGGUGCCAUAUUGCUGAUGUUUGCGUUUUGCUGCAUAAUGCGCGAGAUUUCGAUACGGUGUUUCCCGGAAUGGACGCUACGGCAUAUGCGCGACGAUCUGUGGAAGAUGCGGAAACAUUUGCCGAAAGAGCGUCGCAUCGAGUUGGAAGAGGAAUUCCAGGCCAUCAAGACGGGAACGCCGGCUCGAAAUGACUAUUCGACGACGCCAAGCGCGCCCCAUUGGAGAGAUCUUGAGAGUGCCGAUGACGGAUGGGAGGUGGACGAGUCGGAUCUGACAAUUUCAAAUACAAAGCUCGGGUCCGGUGCGUAUGCCGUUGUGUACAAAGGAUCACUACGGAAAUUACCGCCGGCCGUGACAAAGAGUGGGGCCGCCAGGGACCUGCCAUGCCAUUUCGAGGGCGUCACGCUAGUGGCCGUCAAGCUGUGCCAUUCGUACGCGACGCUCGAGGACAAGGUGGACAUGUUGCAGGAAAUCGAUUUCAUGAUCAAUCUCGAGGCGCAUCCGCAUAUCCUGCGACUGCUCGGCUGUUCGAAGAAUCCGGAUCGGCCGAUGAUCGUGACGGAGAUGUGCCCGUUGGGGGACCUUCUCUCCGUGUUGCGCAACUCGAAAAAUGCCCAGAUCGGGGAGCAGGACAUUCAAAAUGAGGAUUUGCUGACACGCGACGAACUGCUUGCCGUCGCCUGGCAGAUCAGCGACGCGCUGACAUUCCUUUCCUCAAAGAAUAUCAUCCACCGCGAUGUGGCCGUGCGGAAUGUGUUGAUGGGCGGGCAAAAGUUGGCCAAACUAGCCGAUUUCGGCCUGUGCCGGCAGACGUCCCUUUUCUAUACAUCACGCGGCGGUCGAUUGCCGAUUAAAUGGAUGGCGCCGGAGAGUUUGCAAACCUCCGAAUUCUCCGAAAAAUCUGACGUGUGGUCAUUCGGCGUGCUCCUCUUCGAGCUGUACACAUUUGGGGAUUCGCCAUUUGUUGCCGUCGAUCCGAAUGAAAUGUAUGAACAUUUGAAAGCCGGCAAUCGACUCGAAAUCCCAGCGGACGCGCCCGAAUUGGUCUGCCAACUGGCCACGUCAUGCUGCCAAUUCGACCCCGGUCGACGCCCAAAUUUCGAGCAAAUUCGCCGGCUGCUCUACGCGGCUCUCGACGGCCAACGAAGUCACUACGGGUAUCUCGACGUUGGCCACGCCCCCCAUCACCAUGAUCUCAUCGAAGAAACGGAAAAU